AUGAGCUCUCAAGAUGUUUUGAAAAUUGAAAAGAUGAAAAUGGCUUCAAAAAGUAAAAUAUUAUGGGAAUCGGAUUGGUCUAACCAUACGUUUUCCGAGAUUAAUAAGGGAGAAAUUGCCAUUAAAAUACCCAAAGAAAUAUUACAAUGCAAACAAGUCCAGAGGGAAAUUGUGUUUUCAUGCGUGCAACCACUUAAAAAUCUUUCCCUUGUUCAAUUGGUAAAGCUGAAUGGACAAGAUAUUGAGAGAUGGGAUUUUGAUUUCGGUUUUGUCAUUCCAAAUAGUGUCAACUCUUGGGAAUCAGUCAUCGAAGCUGCAAAGGAAGGCACUAUUGGACCUGAAAUUUUGUCUGGAAAUGUAACCAUUGAUACUGCUUUUUAUGAUGGUGACAAACUGGUCGCCUCCAACAGAGUCAGGGUAUAUUAUGUUUAG